AUGUCUCUACCCAUCUUACCGUCUGCGGCAUGGAAUUGCCAUAUGCACUGUUUCAACCCGGAGCGUUACUCCUUGAAAACAACGCGCUCUUAUACCCCGCAGCCAGCGGUAUUGAAAGACCUCAUUCAGAACUCAAAAGCUGAUAAUGUGAUGCUUGUACAAGCGACCAUUGAAGAUGGAUAUACAGGCUUACUGGAACACCUGCAGCAGUGUCGGGAUAUGUAUCCCGACAAGCAUGUCCGCGGGACCAUCUUUUGGGAGCCUGGAAAUCCAGAUCUGAAGAACCUGACUGAAUCCGAGUUUGAGAAGCUACAUGACGCAGGGAUUCGAUCUGUGAGAAUUCACGGCUCAUAUGGCGGUUCGGGCGACGAUGUGUCUUGGGUAAUCCAGCAAUUCCUGGACGUUGCUUCUCAUUGCCCUCUGCGUAAAUACAACUGGAGUAUCUCAGCACAAUUGCCGCUCGCGACAUGGUCUUCAAUUGCAGACACCAUCUCUUCCCAUCCAGACCUUAAAGACGUCCCCAUCAUCGCAGAUCAUAACGGUUCCGCAACACCAUCCGACAUCAACACUCCCAAUUUCACAACCCUUCUUCACCUCCUCUCCUCCAGCAUGUACAUCAAACUCGGCGCCCUCCACCGAAGAUGCAACCAAAUAUCCCAAAUGGAACAUAUAAUUAAAGCCCUUGCAAACGCCGCUCCUGACUCAAUCCUCUGGGGAAGCGACUGGCCGCACUGCAACGCUGCUAUCCGAGGACUUACGCCGACGCCUCCUCUGGAAGUAAACACAGACCAGGAGCUUGGACUUUUGAGGGACUGGCUUACGGAGGAGCAGUGGGAGCGUAUGCUUGUCUCGAACCCAGAACGGAUAUUCGGCACGCGGGGUUCUAAAUCUCAAGUAGAUGACGUUACCGUCUUCAAAUCCACUGGUGAAGAAGUCGAAAAUGUCCCUACCAAACAACUCACCCUCUUGGAUACCUACCGCUCCUACACCCCCGAAUUCUCCAAAGAAACAGAAGCUCAACUCGUGCGCAAGAUCGAUCUUCGGCUUCUUCCCUUAGUCGUUACUAUCUACCUUUUCAACUAUCUCGAUCGAAACUCCAUCACACAGGCUCGUCUCUAUGGACUUCAGGAAGACACUCAUGUCAAGGGCGCGACGUACCAGACGGCCAUUUCUAUCUUUUCUGCUGGUUACAUCAUGAUGCAGCUUCCAUCUACGCUGAUUAUGACAAAGAUGCAACCUCAUAUCUUCUUGCCUGGCUGUAUCAUCCUUUGGGCUUGUGUCAGUGCCUGCACAUCUGCUACCUCUAGCCCAGCGGGUCUCCUCAUCGUCCGUUUCAUCCUCGGUAUUGUUGAAGCGCCAUUCUUCCCUGGAGCUAUAUAUUACCUCAGUACAUGGUAUACCAAGAAGGAACUUGGCAUCAGAAUGGCCUUGCUCGUUUGCGGUCUUCUUUUGUCCAAUUGCUUUGCCGGUUUGAUCUCUGCGGGUAUACUCUCAGGCAUGGCUGGCGUCGGACACCUUGCCGCAUGGCGAUGGCUCUUCAUCCUUGAAGGACUUGCUACUAUCGUCAUUGGCGUUGUCGCAUUCUUCCUUCUUCCAGAUUAUCCUGGCACUACUAGCUGGUUGACCGAAGAAGAGAGAGUUGUCGCGCAGGGGCGGCUGGCUGUUGAUGCCGGAAGUGAAGAGAUACUUGGUGAAGAGGAGAUCACUAUGAAGCAAGCCAUUCUCUCAGCCGUCCGUGACUACAGAGUCUGGUUGUUUUCUUGUCUGCAAAUGUCGACAACUGCAUCUAUCUCAUUCUCCCACUUCUUCCCUACUCUGAUCAAGCAACUCGGCUUCAAAAACAACACCGUCGUUCUUCUUCUCACAGCGCCGCCGUAUCUCUUCUCUUUCAUCUGGGCUCUCAGCUUCGCAUGGGAUGCCGAUCGUCGACAGAAGCGAUCUCCCCAUGCUGCCAUCUCCGGCCUCACUGCUAUUGCCGCUACCAUCGCACUCGUCGCCAUCGCAGACCAGAAAUGGCCCCGCUACGCAUUGACCUUUCUAGUCAGCGCUGGAACAUUUGGUAUUUACUCCACGACAUAUCCUUGGCUGUCUUCAACCAUUGUUCAACCACGAGUCAAGCGUGCCGCUUCAGUAGGUAUCGCAAACACCUUGGCCAACAGCGCUUCACUCUUCGCAAAUUACUUCUGGCUUGAUCAAUACGGUCCAGACUUUCGUGUAUCUUGGGCCUGUAUCUUAGCUUUUCAAGGGUUGGGCUUUGCUUGCAUUAUGGGGUUGAGGUAUUCACUUAAGCGGGCUAAUAAGGCUUUCGAUGAGCUGAGUGCAACUGUUGAUGAGACUAGUGAGGAGAGUGUGAGCAGGCUGGAUAAAGAUUCUCAACGGGCGGUUCUGAACGGAUUUAGAUUCAUUACCUAA